UAAACCAGUUAACACCCGGACCAGUCAUCAUUCACACGACAUGUGUGAAGAAUAGAGAAGAGUGGAUUAAAGUAAACUUUAUUUAAGCUGACCCGAGGGCAUCAAAAAUUAACCCUUUGUGCUUUCAUCUGAAUCUAUAUUCAGACGAGGAUGAGUGCUCGUAUGCUCGAGGAGCAGUUUAACUGCCCCGUAUGUUUGGAUUUACCCACGGACCCCACGACCAUCCCGUGCGGUCACAGUUACUGCAUGGCCUGCAUCGUGGAUUACUGGGAUAACGAGGGCAAGAAAAACAACACCCACAGCUGCCCGGAAUGCCGCCAGACCUUCAGCCCUCGACCCACUGUCUGCCGGAACACCAUGCUGGCGGAGGCCGUGGAGCAGCUCCGCCGCGGCAACCUCAGCAACUCCGCACGAGAGUCCAUCAAAAGCGCCCGGCGGGCGGCGACCUCUGCGUCCGAGCGGGGGCGCGCGCGUAAAGGUGGGCCCACGAAACGUCUGCCGGCGUCUGCGGUGCCCUGCGACCGCUGCCCGGAGCCCAGAGCCGCCGUGAAGACGUGCCUGGCGUGCAUGGCGUCGUUCUGCGAGGCGCAUCUGAAACCCCACGACACGCAGCCUAAGCUGAAGAGCCACGAGCUGAUUGCGCCCACCGGAGACCUCAGUCAGAAGAUCUGUCCCGAGCACAAGUACCUGCAGGAGUUCUUCUGCCGCACCUGUCACCUGUACGUGUGCUGGCUGUGCACCUCGAACCAGCACAAGGGCCACGAGAGCGUUUCCACGCAGACCGAGCGCAACGAGAAACAGAAUCAGCUGGGUGCAGUCCUGUCUGAGAAUCACCAGAGAUUACAGGACAGAGAACGAGAGCUCAAGGACAUGAAGAAAGUUUUAGAGACACUCACGCGCUCCUCGGAAACGGUGAAAGAUGAGGCAGAUGUUGUCCUCUCUGAGCUCCAGGAGUCUGUGCAGAGGAUGCUGGAGUUACUCCAGGACUUGAUGCUCUCUGCUGGGCAGGAGAAGAUCACUGAAGCCCAGGAUGUGGUCACCAAAUUGGAGACUGAAGUCAAACAGCUUAAGAAGAAAGAUGAAGAGAUGAAAGAUCUUAUCAACUGCCAGGAUCAUAUUUACUUCCUGAAGACGUAUCAGACUCUGUGUUCUCCUCUGGAGGGGGGCGAGUUGGGGGCCAUCACUGUGAACCCAGAAACCACAUUUGAUCCCUUGAGGAACGUCAUUGUGCAGCUCAAAGAGAAAGUAGAGGAGAUGUGUGACCAGGAGCUAGACAAGAUGAACAAGACAGUCCACAACACCACAGCGUUCACAGUGGCUGAUCGUAAUGAACAAAAGACAGGAGGCAUUAUGAAACUGUUCUCCGGGAAGGGAUCAAAAGCCCCUCGCGCACAAGGACCACCACCGUUGCCCUCAGUGAGAACACGAGGAUCAGUUGGAACCACACGCACACAAGCCGUAAAAAACAACGAACCACGAGUUAACCGAGCAGUCACAAGUUCUCCAAGACCAGAGCCUUCCUCAAGAGACAAUAGAGAUGAAUCUGACAGAAGUCGUAGUUCAUUGAGACCAAGAGAGACACAAAGACGAGACGAACGAGAACAAAAUGAUGCAGACACAUGGAGUUUAAGUUCAGUGAGAUCGAGAGGUCAACAGAGACCAGAGCAAAGAGAUCAGGAAAGAGAAAAUCCCACCUCUCAGAGACGUCAAAGUACAAAAAGUACGCAAAGCAGAGUGACACAUGAUGAAGAACAAGCUGACAGCAGGAGUAUCGCUUCAUUCAGAUCCAGACAAACACAGCAGGGAGGAGAAGAGAGAGAUCAGGUGUCAGCGGAUCGCUGGAGUUUAAGUUCGCUCAGACCAAGACAGAGAAAAGACGACCGGGAACAAGCCAAUGGAGAGACACUUAACUCACAGAACAAAACAAACACAACAGACAGACAACAACCCGCUAGACAAUCGGAUAGAUGGAGUCUGACCUCUCUGUUACCCAAAAACAGGAAAAAGCGACAGGAUUCAGUAAAAGAGGCCACACCCACUAUACAGGAGGCGGAGUCUUUAAGUCGUAGGCCCUCCUCUCUCAGCGCCAGCGCCUGGGGAGAGCCAACAGAAGUGAAUCCCGGACUCUUCCUGGAUUCGCCUACAGAGGAUCCCAUGAUAAAUCCAGCUUUUCCCACAUUAAGAGAAAUUAACAUUGACAGCAUACAGGCUGCAGAACCCAGAACCCGAGAUGAGUUCCUGCAGUAUGCGUGUGAUUUGACCCUGGAUCCAAACACGGCCCAUCGGCGUCUGAUUCUGUCAGACGGAGACACUGUAGCUACCCUGCAUCAGACGUCUCAGGGUUACCCCGACCUUCCCCAACGCUUUGACGGAUGGACUCAGGUUCUCUGCAUCCAGCCCCUCUCCUCCGAUUGCUGCUACUGGGAGGUGGAGUGGAGGGGGCGUGGCUCUUCUCUGGGCGUGGCCAGCAGCACCAUGGCCCGCAAGGGGGCGGAUGCCGGGGCGGGAUUAGGAUAUAACAAACAGUCGUGGAGUUUGGAGCUGUCAGACACGUGCUGUGCCGCCAUGCAUGCCAAUCAGAAAGUGGAGAUCCCCGUGAUGUACAGUCCUCGGGUCGGGGUGUUUCUGGACAGAAACGCAGGAACUCUGGGAUUCUACAGCGUAGAUGACACGUUGGUUCCAUUAUACACAUUUCGCGGUACAUUUCCACCCCAGCUGUAUGCUGCGUUCGGGGUGGGCUGCGGUGUUGGAGUCGGGCUGGAUUUUGCCAUGGGGCAGUUUAUUUCCACAUCAGACAGCAUUAAAAUCUGCUCGUUGUGAAAAACAGUCAUAAUAAUCCUAAAAUAAAAUAUAUUUUGGAAAUAGGAAUUUAAAACACUUUACAAUAAGAUUUAAUUUGUUAACGGCCAACACUAUAUUAUGGCAAUUUCGUAUUUUAUGUAUUUUAUGAGGUGGCUAAUUCGUAUUUAUUAAAACGACCACAUUCGUACAUUUUUGCACGGUUUUAUUAUUGUUUUUAAGAUAAUCGUACAUUUUUGCACAAAUUCAUACGAAUUAGCCAACUCGUAAAAUAUGUACACAUCCUCGUGAGAUGAGGCUGUAGCGUCAUACUUAUCUACAUUAGUUAAUAUAAACUAACAACAAUAAAAUACAACUGCAUCAUUUAUUAUUGAAGUUAAUUUUAGUAUUUAUUAAAUUAAAAAAAUUAAAUCCUGUAUAUGGGUAAUUAUAUAUUUAUAAAUAAAAAUUAUAAUCAUUUAAAAAUAGCAUACAAAAUGACUUUGGAAACCAAAUGGACAUGCAAUUAUAUCUACCAUUUGUUAACAUAAGUUAAUGCACAAUGAACUUAACGUUAUUGUCUUCAAAUAAACAAACAUUAAAAGGCCAAAGUAUGGUAAUUUUUUACGUGUACGCAUACGCGCGUGGCAAUUUUUGUCAUCAGAAAAGUGCGCGCGUACUGUUCGCGCAAUGCCGGAUUUUUAAAAACCCUGCGAACAUUGUACGCCAAUAUUUUAUGCGCAAACAACACGUCAUUGAUGCAUUGUUAACGUGUAAAAAUUCGCGCAAUUUCGGCCCUCGUGGCCUUCCAUAGCAUUGCGUCGAACUCAAACUAUACUUUGCAAUGCUGUGCGUUCGACCAUACGCUUAUAUUUGCGUACACGUAAAAACAGACUAUACUCUGGGCUUUAGAUUAACAAAUGCUGUUAAAAUGUUACUCAUUGUUAGUUCAUGUUAGCUAACGCAUUAACUAACGUUAAUAAAUGAACCCUUAUUGUAAAGCGUUACCAAUUUAGUUUGCAUAAUGAUUCAUUUGGAUGCACAAUGGACAUAUUGGCUAUUUAAUAGGCUUCAUUUUCGUCAUGCAAUGUACAAUUUUAUUUAUUUUCCAUCUUUAAGAUGAAUUAUAACAUGGAUGUGUGCUUAACAAAUUUCGUGUUAACGUUUUAGGGUUUAAAU